AUGGAGGGGGGAGCGGCCGGGGACCCCCGCGGGCUCUGGGGGGACCCCCCAGCAGGGACCGUCCUUGUCCCACGCAGGCUCCGCGCCGUGGGCUCGCUGCCCGGAGCCGUCCCGGUGUCCCGGCCGCCGGUGCUGAUCCUGCAGCAGCUCCCCGGGCCCGGGGCCGCCCCCGCGGCAGCGCCGCCCGUGCGGGGAGAUUUGAUGGAGUUGAUGCUGAUUCAAACCUCCCAAAUGCACCAGCUGCUGAUGCACGGCCUGGCCAUGGCAGCUCUGAUGCCCCUUGGUGUGGGGCCAGCCCCAGCCCAGGCCCAGGGCGAGGAGGAAGAGGAGGCCGUGGUUUUCCACCAUCACUACGUUCCCUGGCCCGCCCCCGGCCCGGUCCCCGUGCGGUUCCUGCGCUCCUCGCCUGGGGACGAGCGAGCUGUGCCCCCCCCGCCGCCCCCCAGUGCCACCGGGACCGUGGGACCCGGCGUGUCCCCGGCCGCUGAGUUCUACAGCGCGGAGGAGCGGGGGCUGUGA